UCCCCCACCCAUGUGUCCGUUCAGCCCGGGUCUGUGGCGUGUUGCAGGUACAGGCGGCGCCAGCGGGAGCCAUGAUCGAGGUUUUGGCCCAGCUGAGCCGCGGGCCCGUCUUCCUGGCUGGAGAGAUGCUGGAGUGUGGGAUCGUCUUCACUAACCCGCUCUCCGCCACCUCCACCUCCGCCAGCAGUGAGAUGCUGGCGUGGGCCAGCGCCCAGAUUCACUGCCAGUUUCAUUCCAGCGAGAGCCGGGUGGCGUUGCCUCCCUCGGAUGACAGCAAGCAUGAUGUGCAGGCUGCGAACGAGACAGUGUUUGUCCCCAACAGAGGAGAGCGAGGUCAGUGCAUCCUGUCCACACCCCCAAAGAUUCUCUUUUGUGACUUGCGCCUGGAUCCCGGAGAGUCGAAAUCCUACUCAUACCGCGAGACGCUGCCUGUGGACGGGCCGCCCUCCUUCCGGGGGCAGUCGGUGAAGUACGUGUACAAGCUGACCAUCGGCUGCCAGCGAGUGAACUCUCCCAUCAAGCUGCUGCGCGUGCCCUUCAGGGUGCUGGUGCUGCAUGGGCUCAAGGAUUUUCAGUUCCCCCAGGAUGAAGUGGUUGCCCCCUCGAACCCCUUCCUGGAGGAGGAGGAGGGGGUGAAGAAAGACUCCCGAGUGGCGGACCUGGCCACAGAGCUGCUGAUGGCAGCCACCUCCCGGCGCAGCCUGCGUAGGCAGGGAGUCGCUGCACCUCUGGCUCAUCUGCCUGUCUCGGUCUCCACAGACAUGUAUAACAUCAGCAACACCCGGGGCAAGGUGGGCAAGUUUGGGAUCUUUAAGACUGUCUAUAAGAUUGGAGAAGACAUCCUCGGGACCUUUAAUUUCUCGGAAGGGGACAUCCCCUGUCUGCAGUACUCGGUGAGCCUGCAGACAGAGGAGAGUAUUCAGGAGGAGUUCCAGCGGCGGCACGGGCAGCCCGUCUCCUACAGCACACAUGCCCGCCACCAGGAAUCCUGUCUGCAUACGGCCAGGAGCAGCUUCAGCCUCCCUGUCCCGCUGAGCUCCACGCCUGGCUUCACCACCAACAUUGUGUCUCUGAAGUGGAGGCUGCACUUUGAGUUCGUGACCUCCCGAGAGUCGGGGGAGGCCCACGUGGUCCCUGAGAACCAGUCGGAAACCAUCACCUGGACUGGGGUGGAGCAAAUCGAAGUGGAUACCUUCAGCUGGGACCUGCCCAUCAAAGUCCUGCCGACCAAUCCCGUCCUGGCCUCCUACGUGUCCCAGUUCUCCAGCACAAACUCCAUCACUAUCUGAGCUGGGGCAGGACCUAGGUGGGAGGCUGGGGUGCCAGUCAUACUGCCUGCUGGGGACGGCAGCUGCCGAGUGGUGGGACCCAGGCCGACUCAGCCCUGCACCAGGCCCUGCCUGUGUGAGAGACACCACUCUGUGCCCAGCACUAGCUGGCUUCUCCUUCCUGAGCUGCAUCUCUCUGCGUCGGGAGCCAGGCUCCUGGUCGCCUGGGCGUGCACAGGAACCCCCGUGUUCUCUGUCGGGGCAGCAUGGCUGCUUUCUCCCCAGUGUGGGGCCUCGUGCCGAGCCCAGGGAAGG